UUUCCUGGAGGCGUUAACCACCAGCUAACCAUUACAAUGAACAUUACCUGCCUAACCCUAACCUUACUUUAAUCUAAUCCUAACCUCAACCUCACCUUGAAGCAACUCUUCGCCCUAAUUUUACUAAUUUUCGUUGUGAGGACUUGCAUUUGUCCCGAUAAGUAAGGCGGGUCCGCACAAUGUGACUGUAAACAGAUUUGACUAUCCAGUACUAACCGGUCGAUGCCCGAGAGAGUCGAUUCUUUAAUUCUGUCAUCUGAACCGGAAAUUAGGUGAGCACUGACUGAAGGGUCCAGUCAGGAGAUUUCAGUCAUGGUCUUCGAGUCUCUGGUCAGCGACCUGCUCAACAGGUUCAUUGGAGACUACGUGGAGAACCUGGACAAGUCCCAGCUCAAGAUCGGGAUCUGGGGAGGAAAUGUUGUCCUGGAGAACCUGAAGGUGAAGGAAAAUGCUUUGAGUGAGUUUGAUGUCCCGUUCAAAGUUAAGGCUGGACAGAUUGGCAAGCUAACAUUGAAGAUUCCCUGGAAAAAUCUCUACAACGAUGCUGUGGUUGCCACAUUGGAGGGUCUGUACCUCCUUGUUGUUCCUGGAGCCACAAUUAAGUACGAUGCAGCCAAGGAGGAGCGUUAUCAGCAGGAGGCAAAGCAAAGAGAGCUGCAACGGAUCGAGGAGGCGCUGCAGAUGACUGCACGCAGAGCAUCUCAAACUGAAGAUCUGCUGUUCAGUCUGGAGAGUUUUGUUUACAAGGAUCCUCACAACGUCCCCAAAGGAUUUAAAAAACAUAAAAAGACCAAAAAAGGCUUGAAGAAGCUGAAACGACACAACAACAAAACAGUGAAACCUCAGGAGGAGAAGAAGGACACGUUUAUGGAAAAAUUGGCCACUCAGGUGAUCAAAAACUUGCAGGUCAAGAUCAGCAGCAUCCACCUACGCUAUGAGGACGACCUGUCAGACCCACAGCGCCCCCUGUCGAUGGGAGUCACACUGUCAGAGCUGAGCCUGCAGACCACUGAUGAAAACUGGAAGUCGUGUAUCCUGAACGAAGCAGCAAAGAUCAUCUAUAAGCUUGGUCGUCUCGAGUGUCUCUGCGCCUACUGGAACGUCAAAAGUCAGAUCUUGUACAAGGGAUCAUGGGAAAAUAUUGUGGAUCAGUUGAAGUGUGGAAUCAGCAGUAAAGAUCGGGAGCUUCCUCACUAUCAGUAUAUUUUCAAGCCAAUCUUCGCCUCAGCUAAAAUGUGCAUCAACCCAAAUGCUGAACUGGAACUGAAAAGUCCAAAAGCAAAUCUUCACUUGGAGGUUCAGAACAUUGCCAUAGAGAUGACCAAACCACAGUACCUGACGAUGGUGGAGCUGCUGGAGUCCAUCGACUGCAUGGUGAAGAAUGCCCCCUACAGGAGGUUCAGGCCUGACAUCACUGUCCACAGCAGCCCCAAACUCUGGUGGACGUAUGCCUUCAACAGCAUCAUGGAGGUCCACAUUAGACGCUUCAGUCACAUGUGGUCCUGGUCCAACAUCAGACAGCACAGAGAGAACCUGAGGGCCUACAAGGCCUUCUACAAGGCCAAACUGCUGAGCCAGAACAAGCCAAACCAGGAUGCUGAGCGACGCAUCCAGGAUCUGGAGAAGGUUCUGGAUGUCUUCAACAUCACUUUGGCCCGGCAGCAGGCCCAGAUGGAGGUGAUCAGGUCAGGACAGAAAGUGGUGGGGAAGAAGACGGUGGGGGGGCAGAAGCAGGGUGGAGGAGGAGGGGGUUUCUUUAGCAGCUUCUUUGGUAGAAGGGCCAAGAAGGAGGAGCAGGAGCCAGAGGAGAGCAAGGAGACUGCGAGUUCAGGGCUGGACGAACUUAUGACUGCCGAAGAAAAAGAAAAACUCUAUACUGCCAUAGGAUACAGUGGCAGCUCUCACAACCUGGCUUUACCCAAACAGUAUGUUGCCGUGGUUGUGACCUUUCAACUCUUCAGGACCUCGGUGACUGUCCGAGAGCAGCCGGACAUUCCAGAGAUCCUCAAAGUCCAGAUGAUUGACCUCAGCACCAGAGUAUCUCAGAGACCAGGAGCCCAGGCUUUCAGGGUGGAGGCAGCGUUGCAACACUGGUAUGUUACGGGUUUGGAGCAGCAGGGGGCAGUGCCUUCCCUCAUCGCCUCAGUGGGAGACUCUUCCUCCUCUCUGCUCAGCGUCGUGUUUGAGUUAAAUCCUGAGGAGAGCGCUGCUGACCAGCUGCUCAGAGUCCACUCUCAGCCUGUGGAGAUCAUCUAUGAUGCGCUGACGGUGAACAGUUUGGCCGAAUUCUUUAAGACGGGGAAAGGUGUUGAUCUGGAGGUCCUGACUUCGGCCACACUUUCCAAACUGGAGGAAAUCAAAGAGAAAACGGCCACAGGUUUGUCUCACAUCAUUGAGACCAGGAAAGUCCUGGACCUGAGGAUUAACCUGAAACCAUCUUACCUGCUGGUACCAGAGUGCGGUUUUUUCAGCAGCACAGCAGAUCUCAUCAUUGUAGAUUUCGGCAGCUUGCAGUUGAACAGUGUGGAGCAGAGUGGUCUCAGUUCAUCUUCGUCCUCCUUCUCCUCUCUGGAGGAAAUCAUGGAUCGAGCCUAUGAGAGAUACAGCGUAGAGCUACGAAGAGUGCAGGUGCUCUACAGCAAGUCAGGUGAGGCCUGGAAGUCAGCUCGGCUGCAGGGUUCAUCAUUUCAACACAUCCUCCAGCCAAUGGACUUCACGGUCCAGCUGGCCAAGUGUAUGGUGGAGAAGGAUGCCAGAAUGCCUCGGUUCAAGGUGUCGGGGGAGCUGCCGCUGCUGCAUGUUAAGAUCUCAGACCAGAAAAUCCAAAACAUUGUGCACCUGGUUGACAGUAUCCCACUGCCCAUCAUGGACUCCACCCCCUCCACACCCACUGAGAAGGUGCUGUCAUUUUCAAAGGCCAGAUCACGAAUGCUCAGCCUUCAACCUACCCUCCUUCACACCAUGGAAUCAGAUUCAGACGAAGACACCAGUGAGAAGUCGAUUGAUGAGGAUCACCAACGCUUGGCUCUGGGGGAACUCACUGAUCUUCACUUCAAGUUUGAAGUCAGAGAGGUGCUGCUAGAGCUGACACGGCAGGUGGACCAGGAGAAGACUUUCCUGUCUCUAAGUGUCUGUCAGCUUGGAGCUGAAGGGAAGAAGCGGAGCUUUGAUCUCACUGUCACCUCUUACCUGCGCAGAGUCACACUUGACUACUGCGAUGUACCAGAUGGCAGAAAUCAUCCUCUCCACCUGAUCAGCUCCUCAGAGCAACAGGGAUCUGACCUGCUGAAGGUGGAGUUCAUCAAGGCCGACCCCAGUGGUCCCAGCUUCCAGACUCUGUUCAACAGCACAGAGCAAACACUGAAGGUGGAGUUUUCCUCUCUGGACUUCCUCCUCCACACUAAAGCUCUUUUGUCAACCCUCAACUAUCUGAACAGUGCUGUGCCGCCACAGUUCACCGCCACCCGUGACCAAGAUGCUAGGAGACAAGUGGAGAAGACGGCACAGAGCCGAACAGUGUCUAAAGCAGCCAAAGAGGGUGGAGUGUUCAGUUUCAAGCUGUUUGCCGUGUUGGGUUGUUUCCGCGUGGAGGUGUGUGACGAUCGCAGCAACAUCGCUGACAUCAGAGUCCAAGGAAUCGAUGCGUCAGUGUUGGUGCAGGCGAAGGAGACAGAGGUGUUUGCUCGCCUCAGAGACAUCGUGGUCACAGACGUCAACCCUAAAACCAUCCACAGGAAGGCAGUGUCCAUUAUGGGUGAGGAGGUGUUCAGCUUCAAAUUGUCCUUGUUCACGGGGGAGACAGAGGGGGAGGGUUACAGCGACAUGUCAAAGGUGGAUGGGAAGGUCACCAUACGUCUGGGCUGCAUCCAGAUUGUCUACCUGCACAAGUUCCUCAUGUCCCUGCUGAUGUUUGUUGAUAACUUCCAGACAGCUAAAGAAGCUUUGAGUGCUGCGACGGCUCAGGCGGCAGAGAAAGCGGCGUCCAGUGUUCGGGGCUUUGCCCAGAAGAGUUUCCGUUUGUCCAUGGACAUCAAGCUGAAGGCCCCUCUCAUCAUCAUCCCCCAGUCCUCCACCUCCCAUAAUGCUGUGGUGAUGGAUCUGGGUUUGAUUACAGUGGGAAACAGCUUCUCCCUGCUGCCAGCUGAAGGUUUCUCUCUGCCAGCGGUGGUGGACAAGAUGGAUGUCAAGCUGACUCAGCUAAAACUCUGCAGAACCACAGUGAGGCCAGACUCCAGUCAGCCUGAUAUCGAGAUCCUCCAGCCAAUCAACUUGGAGCUGUUUGUCACCAGAAACCUGGCUGCUUCCUGGUUCACCAAGAUCCCUGGAGUCCAGGUUCAGGGAGUCCUCCGGUCCCUCAACAUGAGUCUGGGUGAGGAAGACCUUGGAGUGCUGAUGAAGAUCCUGGUAGAGAACAUUGGCGAGGGCAGUAAAGAGCACAGCAUAGAUGUCAAAAGACAGGUGGCUCAAGAGAAGGCGCAGCUUACUGAGCAGCAGGUGGAGGUGUCAGGAUCUGAUGGAGUGAUGGCUGCCACCAACGGAGGUUUGACUGAGAACACAAUCAAUAUCCUCCUCAACUUCGAAAUCAAAGAGGUGUUGCUAACCCUUAAGAAACCCCAAGAACGGAAGGAGUCACCUUUCUUGGUCUUUCACGUGGCCCACCUGGGCAUUGACACUAAAGUCAGGAAGUAUGACAUGUGUGCCACUACAUACAUCAACAAAAUCACGAUGACGUGCUUGGAAUUCAAAGACUCAGGUGGUGAGCCACUGUGUCUCAUCAGCUCUUCGAUGGAGUCUGGACCUGAACUGCUUAAAGUGCAGUAUUGCAAGGCUGACCGCUCAGGGCCAAAUUUCUCCACAGUCUACAAAAACACUGAGCAGAUGAUCAACGUGACCUUCACCUCUCUUGACUUCAUACUCCACACUGAGGCUCUGCUGUCGGCCAUCAACUUCCUGUCAGUGGCUCUGACAUCUCACAGCAUCUCAUCUCCAGAGGGAGAGAUCAGAUUGAAGACAGAGGACAAGACGGUAUCCACCAAGUCUGCCGCCCUGAUCUUACCUGCAGACAGUGAGGUCAUAGACCUGAAGGUGAUGAUGACACUGGGAGCCUUCAGUGUACUAGUGUGUGACCAGAGUUGCAACAUGGCCAACAUCAAGAUCCAAGGUAUUCAUGGCUCUUUGCUGAUGCAAGGACCUCAAACUCAUAUAUCAGCUCGUCUGAGAGAUUUCAUCGUCCUCAACGUUGAUCCCAAAACUCUCCACAAGAAGGCCAUCUCCAUCGUGGGUGAUGAGGUGUUCAGCUUCAGCGUGAGUCUGACUCCUAAAGCCACAGAGGGUUCUGGUUACACUGACACCACCAAAACUGAUGGCAGAGUCAAGCUGAACGUGGGUUGCAUCCAGGUGGUUUACUUACACAAGUUCGUCAUGUCGCUUCUGAACUUCACCAACAACUUCCAAGCAGCUAAAGAAGCUCUGAGUGCUGCGACAGCUCAGGCGGCAGAGAAGGCAGCGUCCAGCGUUCGAGACCUCGCCCAGAAGAGUUUCCGACUUUCCAUGGACAUCAAUCUGAAGGCUCCCCUCAUCAUCAUCCCCCAGUCCUCCUCCUCGCAGAAUGCACUUGUGGUGGACCUGGGUCUGAUCAGGGUCGAGAACAGUUUCUCUCUGCUGCCAGUCGACAGAUGCCCACUCCCAGCCGUCAUUGAUAACAUGGAUGUCCAGCUGACACAUCUCAAACUCUCCAGGACCUAUGUGGACCAGACAUCAGGUCGACCCAGCACUGAGCUCCUGGAACCAGUAAACCUGCACCUGAACAUCAAGAGGAACCUAUCAGCCUCCUGGUACAAAAAGAUGGUCGCUGUGGAGAUUGAUGGAGAUCUGAAGCCCAUGAAGGUGAAACUGAGUCAGGACGACUUGAAGAUGCUGCUGAGGAUCCUGAUGGACAAUCUGGGAGAGGUUGGCAGCCUGGAGCCCACUGCCCCGAGACAGGAGGCCAGUGUGCGUCUCCGUGCACCUGGAGGCCCCACAGCAGGUGAUGUUGCAAAAGCUACUGUAAGCAGUGACGAUGAUGAAGCCCUGGAGACCAUGAACUUUAACUUCAACAUCGAGUCUCUUGGUCUGGUUCUGUACAGCAACAACCCAAAACAGCCAUCAGACCUGCAGCACCAGGAGAACCUCAGACUGGGUGAAUUUGCUCUCCACCUCCUAAAGACUUCAGGGAAGAUCCUGACCAACGGCAGCAUGGAGGUGACCACUGUCCUCAACGCCUGCACGCUAGACGACCUGAGGACGGGCCUGCAGAGGGUGACCUCAAGGAUGGUCGGUCGCAGAGACGAGGGGAGCUCUGAUGCCAUGAUUGAUGUGACGUAUCGACAGAGCGCCGGAGAACGGGAGGUGGUGGCUGUUCUGCAGAAACUCUACAUGUGUGCCAGUGUAGAGUUUCUUAUGGCCGUCACAGAAUUCUUUCUGCAGGCUCUGCCACAGAGUUCAACUCUGAGCACCUCUGCACCAAGCAACAGACAGCCACUGAGGCAGAGCGCCGAGCCUCGAGCUAACGUUAAGACCGCCUCGACGGUUAGGACUUGUCUUCGAGCAGUGGUGGUGGACCCAGAGGUGAUGUUCGUGGCCAGCCUGAUGAAGUCUGAUGCUCCUGCGCUUGUGGCUUCAUUUCAGUGUGACUUCACCCUGCGGGAAGACCAGGAUGGUACCCAGAACAUAAGAGCCAACCUGAGAGAGCUCAAAGUCCUCGCCUGCCCCUUCAUCCGGAACAAAGAGUCCGAGGCCAUCACCACUGUGUUGAGACCCUGCUCGGUGGCCUUGGAAACCAAAACUCGCCCCAACCAACCGCUGAGUGGCUCUGUGACCGUGGAGGAAGUCAUCAUCAAAAUCUCUCCGUUCAUCCUCAACACAGUGAUGACGAUAACAGCUGCCAUGUCAGCGAAGCAGCGUGAUGAACGGAAUCAGGAGUCAGAUUCAAAUGUCAAUGACCUCUGGUCCGUGAUGAACAUCUACAGUUGUAACUACUGGUUCCUAGGGGUGGAAGAGGCCACCGAAGUCACAGAGAGCUUCAGAGAGCAGGAUGGACACAAGGACGGCGAGAACUUAGCUGCUGAGGUCAAGGUGGUCCAAGUGACCCUGGAAUCAGGUUUGGGUCAUCGGACUGUACCUCUUCUGCUGGUAGAGUCCUCCCUCAGUGGGUCAGCCAAAAACUGGUCAUCUCUACUGCAGCUGAGAGCCGACAUCACACUGGAGGUGAACUACUUCAAUGAGAUCCAUGCUGUGUGGGAGCCUUUGAUUGAACGAGUCGACAGCGGCAGACGCAGGUGGAAUCUGGAGCUGGAGAUGAAGAGCAACCCCAUCCAGGAUAAGAGUCCUGUUCAUGGAGAUGACUUUGUCAUUCUUCCUGAACCUCGCACGGCCAUCAAUAUCUGCUCCAAAGACACCAUGAACAUCACGAUCACCCAGUGCAGCCUCAGUGUCCUGCACAACCUCACCAAGGCCUUCUCAGAGGGCACCGCCUCCACCUUUGACUACUCUUUGAAGGAGAAGGCUCCCUUCACCAUCAGAAACUUUCUUGGGAUUCCUCUCAUGGUGCAGCACAGCGCCAACCUGAGGCCAAUGGGUUCAUCAGCCCAGGGAAAACUUCACGAGCUGUCUGUGGGUCAGAGCAUGGACCUGGCACACUCCAUAUUUGAACCGUCGUCACGAGGCAAACUGUCUGCUCUGCAGCGACAGGAGAGCUGUCUGUUCAACCUCACCGUUGUUCCUUCCGGAUACAGCGAGAUCUCAAACGUGGCUGUAGACAAACCAGGUCGCCGUCUCUACAACAUUCGGGGUCCAAUGCUGCAGGAGGCAGUUUCUGUGCUGUUGCAGAUCGAUGCUGCUGAGGGAAACAAGGUCAUCACUGUCCGUUCACCACUGCAGAUAAUGAAUCACUUCUCUGUGCCUUUCACCGUCAUGAAGUACUGUCCAACAUCCAGGAGCCUGGAGAGCAUUGGACAGGCUGAACCCGAAAAAGAGUUUCACAUCACCUUGGAAACAUACAGAUGUCAGCUGUUUGUGUGUCCUGCGGGAUGUCUGGAUGGUCAGUAUUACCCGUCCUCCACUUGCGUGGCAUGGAAGGAGCAGGUGCACCGCAGCUCCGAGGUGCGUUCGGUGCUACAGUGUCCGGCAACUGACAGUGGCAUACUGCCGCUGAUGGUGAGCGCUCUAGCUGUCCCAGAUGACCUCAGACACAUCGCCAGCCACGGAGAGGAGGACUGGGACCCCGCCUAUGUCAUCCACCUCCACCCUGUGGCCACGCUACGAAAUCUGCUGCCCUAUACUGUCCGCUACUUGAUGGAGAGUUCAGCAGACUCUUAUGAGCUUCAGGAAGGCAGCACAUCAGACCUCCUGAAUGCUCGCAUCUCAGGGGAGAUCAUGUCUUUGGUACUGAUGAGGUAUCAGGGCCGCGACUGGCACGGACACAUUCGUAUCGAAAAGGAAAUGCCCGAGUUCUUUGAGGUGUGUCUCACCUGCGACUUGGACACUAGCAUGACGGUGGAUGUAAGUGUUCACGUGAUGAGGACACCGAAUGGCCUGCUGCUGUCACUCUUCAGCCCAUACUGGAUCAUUAACAAGACAUCUCGAGUGCUGCAGUACCGAGCUGAGGAUGUCAGCGUCAAACACCCGGCUGACUACCGAGACAUCAUCCUGUUCUCCUUCAGGAAAAAGAAUCUCUUCAGCAAGAGCAAGCUCCAGCUGUGUGUCUCCACCAGCUCUUGGUCAGAUGCUUUCUCUCUGGACACUGUGGGAAGUUAUGGCUGUGUGCGCUGUCCCGCCAACAACAUGGACUUUCUGGUGGGUGUUAGCAUCCAGAUGAGCAGUUUUAACUUGACCAGGAUCGUCACCAUGAGUCCGUUCUACACUCUGGUUAACAAGUCGUUGUAUGAGCUUGAGGUGGGGGAAGUCAUAACUGAGGUCUCCAUCAGAUGGCACUACAUCUCCUCCACAGAGUGCCUCCCUCUAUGGCCCGAGAAUACUUCAGGCAAGUUGUGUGUCCGUCUGGUUGGAUCCGAAUCCACCUCCAAGUUCUUCUUUUUUAACCGGCAGGACAACGGCACCCUUCUGAGCCUUGACAUGUGUGGUGGGAUCAUCGUGGACGUCAACAUCUCUGAUCUGUCCACCGUCAUCAGCUUCAGUGAUUAUUAUGAGGGGGCAGCUCCAGCCCUGCUGAUCAACCACACGCCUUGGGUCAUCGUCAGCUACAGGCAGAGCGGCUCAGCAGUAGUCCACCAGUUGAAACCUGGCGAGGCUCGGCGGUUUGUGUGGGAUGACCCGGCUGGUGUCCGAAUGCUAAACUGGAGCUGUAUGGAAUAUUCUGGAGAGCUGAACCUGCUGAAGGACGAGGUGGGUCAAUUCUCCUAUGACAGCCUGUCUCAGGUCCACUGGGUUUCUUUCCUGGAUGGACGCCAGCGGGUGCUGCUGUUCACAGAGGACGUUGCCGUGGUGACGAAGGCUCGGCAGGCUGAGGAACUUGAACAGUUCCAACAAGAAGUGAGGAUGUCACUGCAAAAUCUUGGACUGUCACUCAUCAACAACAGCAGCCGUCAGGAGAUUGCUUACAUCGGCAUCACCAGUUCAGGUGUGGUUUGGGAGAUGAAGCCAAAGAAUCGCUGGAAACCACUCAGUCAGAAGAACAUCAACUUGCUGGAGAAAACCUACCAGAGUCAGCUGAGCAGGAAGACAGAGGGGGGUUGGGUCAAACUGGACAACAAUCUGGAGGUGAACUUCAGUGGAGCCACCAUGAUGAUGCGUCAGCCCUUCUCCUGUCCAGUGAGGAGGAACUUCCUGUCUGGGAUCCAGGUGGAGUUCAAACAGUCAGUGCACCAGCGCAGCCUGCGGGCCCAGCUGCACUGGCUGCAGGUGGACAACCAGCUGCCAGGUGCAAUCUUCCCCAUCGUCUUCCAUCCUGUUCCUCCUCCGAAAUCCAUUGCUCUGGACUCAGAGCCAAAGCCGUUUAUUGAUGUGUCCAUCAUCACCAGGUUCAACCAGCACAGCAGCAUCAUGCAGUUCAAGUACUUUAUGGCUCUGGUUCAGGAGAUGGCGGUGAAGAUUGACCAGGGUUUCCUGGGAGCAAUGUUUGCUCUGUUCACAUCCUCUGCUGACACAGAGGCUGACAGACAGAAGACGCGGCUCAUAGACCGAGAUGUGCAACUGCUGCAGGCCGAGCUGAUGGAGGCGUCGUUCAGUGACACAUCGGGGCUCAGCUUCUUCGAACAUUUCCACAUCUCACCCAUCAAGCUCCAUCUCAGUCUGUCUCUGGGCUCCAGCGGUGACGACUCGGCUCAGGAGACUGCGGCCAUUCAGUCGCUCAACCUGCUGCUGAAAAGCAUUGGAGCAACACUGACUGACGUUGAUGACCUCAUCUUCAAACUGGCCUUCUUCGAGGUGAAGUACCAGUUUUACCGCAGAGAGAAGCUGAUGUGGGCGGUAGUCCGACAUUACACAGAGCAGUUCCUUAAGCAGAUGUAUGUUUUGGUUCUGGGUCUGGAUGUCCUGGGAAACCCAUUUGGACUGAUCCGAGGUCUGUCUGAAGGAGUGGAGGCCUUCUUCUACGAACCUUUUCAGGGAGCUGUUCAGGGUCCGGAGGAGUUUGCCGAAGGUUUUGUGAUUGGAGUCCGCAGCCUGCUGGGUCACACUGUCGGUGGUGCAGCAGGUAUGGUUUCAAGGAUCACAGGUUCAGUGGGUAAAGGCCUGGCAGCCAUCACUAUGGAUAAAGAGUACCAACAGAAACGACGGGAGGAGAUGAACCGGCCACCAAAAGACUUUGGAGAGAGUCUGGCUAAAGGAGGAAAAGGACUGCUGAAGGGAGUCGUGGGUGGUGUUACAGGCAUCGUCACCAAACCUGUAGAGGGAGCAAAGAAGGAGGGAGCUGCCGGUUUCUUUAAGGGCAUUGGGAAAGGUCUGGUGGGUGUGGUUGCUCGGCCGACAGGCGGCAUCGUAGACAUGGCCAGCAGCACCUUCCAGGGCAUCCAGAGAGUGGCAGAGUCGACAGAGGAAGUGACCAAACUGCGCCCAGUACGUCUGAUCAGGGAGGACGGGAUUAUCCGACCAUAUGACCUGACAGAGUCGCAGGGUUUCGACCUUUUCCAGCCUGAUGAGGAAUAAACUGGGUUUGGGGUCGAUUAACUUCAUCAUUCAAGUGCUGUUAAAGACCAUAAUGUUACCAUAAUUUGCAUUUUUCUCGUUCUGGGUUCUGGGUUAAUUGUUUAAUAGAACGGUUGAUAUAUAUUUAAUUUUUCAGUUAUACUCUAAUCAAUGAACGUUGCUCUGUACACAUUAAUCUAUAAAUAUUGUGCUGAGAAUUCUACGCAUGCCAGAACUAAUAUCUUUCUCUCAUACCUCAAACAUUUUCACACUCUGACUUGCUACUUUUUUAGAAAACAUUUCUGCAUUUUAUUUCUGAAAUACUAGAGUGUUUUUUUAAUUCUCUUUACAACCAUUUAUAUAUAAUAGUUUGAAAACAGUUUAGUUUAUAGCCAUUUAUAAUUUAAUUAUUCAAAAUCAGGCAGAAAAAUUAUUUUACCAUUAAGCUGUAAUAAAUAUGUUUUCUCCCGUAGAUGUUAGCAAUAUUUUGUAAAAUGUUGUUACAUCACUGUUGAAUUCAUCUUGAACUUGUAUUUGAAAACAAGACAUUUCAUCUUUCCACCUUUGUGAUGACAGUGAUGACAUCUUUGUAUAAGUGAUUUUGAACUAAUAUUAAGCAUAACCAUCUUAGCAUGACCUUUGUGUCAAACUCAAACUGUGUCUCUGUCAGCUGCGCAGUGACAGAGUGUGACGUCUUUCCUUUAAUAAAGCUACACUCCUUAUACACACUUUCUUCAUUCUUAGUGCAGCAGACAGUUUAUAAUAAAAGACGUGAAGAUCUGAAGGAAUAAACGCUUUUCUACAAUAAUGGACAAAGUGGUUUACAGUCGACCUCCCAUUCACAAACACACAGUCACACAGUGAUGCUGCUGGGUCAGGGUUCAGGUUAGGAGUCAGGGACUGAACCACAAAUCCAGUGCUGAGUGGACAACCUGCCACCCCCUCACAGCCUGAGACCUGAGACAAGACUGAUUAGCUAAAUUUAAUCAGAAAAUAAGUAGGGUUAAAAAUGCCUUCUGCUGUUUCUGGUUCUAGCUCACUUUAUUAACCACUUGUUCACACUGUGUAGAACAUCCUGACUGCUGCAGUUCAGAGCAGCUGGAUGGGUUUCAUUAUAUAAAGUAAAGUCAGAAGUGCAGAUAUCUGCAGCUUUGUAGAGAGUGAGACAGGAAGGGAAUGUGAGGCAUCGGGGGACAGAUGACAUGACAUGGA